CCUUGCGUCAACACAAUGUCAACAUCUUUGAUGCUAGAACAGCCAGUGUUAAAUAUUGCUAUCCAUUUAAAGCACUAAAUUCAGUGCAUUUUUUAGUUAUCUUCAACUUUAAGGAAAGUCUAAGAUUUAGAAGACAGCUGUUGUCCAACAAAAUUAACAGGUGUCGCUGCCAAAAGGUUUUCAAAUGUGAUUGGAUUAUGGACGUUAUCUUAUUUGGAAAGACAAAAGUGACUGGUCAAAUAUAAGGGCAUUUUCCUGCGAAAGCAACCUGAAACGAAACGAAAAAUGCUUGGUGUAAAAUGGCCCUACAUAAGAAGCUAUCUAUAGCUUGUAAUCACAGAACAUAGAGCUGAAGUGAAGCCCCCGUCAUUGAAAGCCUAUUCACAAGCUUUUUGGUGUAUAUGAAAGACGGCCUCUAACUAAAAAAAUGUACACGAACACCUGCAGCAUUUACCACAUUGAUGAUUAAAUGAAUCGCGAGUUAUUGUUUAACUUCUGUAUAGCACAGGGCGACAUUUCAUUAUUAAAAUUUAACGUUUUUCCACUUAACGAUAUGCACAAUAUUAGGGUGUCUAUCAAUUCAUUGAGGAGGAAAAUUUUUCCAUUUCAUUAAAACUCCAUGACAACCACUAUUUUCGUCAGUCCUUAGACUAGUUGAUUAUUUGUCGUUGUUUGCCGUGUUUUGCCUUGUCACAUCCUGACUUGGGACAAGGCAUAAAGGGAGUACUUAUCAGGACGUAAUUUUGUGUGUGGCGAAACAGUGAAAGAGUUGUGAUGCUUAUCUUCCGCCAAAUUACUUGCCCUAGCUGCCGAUCAGUAGUCCAUGCAAUAGGACUCCUACUUUUGUACUUUGGCUUCCUCAUCCUGGCAGGAUACAUCUUCGUUGUCAUAGAGGAAGAUGAAGAUGUGAGAGCUAAAGAUCGGAAGCGAAAAGCCUUCCUAGACGUGCUAGCCAAGUACAAUUUCACGAAGAACGACAGCAUGGUUCACGACAUAGUGAUAGCCGCUUAUGAUGCAUUUGAUGUCAAUGCUCUCGAUUUGAGUGAUUUCACAAACGACGUUGAUUCUGAAUGGCACAUAGGCAGCGCGGUAUUCUUUACAGGGACCAUUGUCACUACCAUUGGAUACGGCAACAUUGCACCUAGUACGAUGUGGGGAAAACUUUUCUGCAUUUUCAUAGCCCUGGUUGGUAUCCCGUUUACGGGCGUGAUUCUUGGCAAAAUGGGUGUCGGCCUUACCAAUCUUAUAAGCAAAGCUGAUGAUUUUGUCGAGGAUAGAAUAAAGCAAUGCUUCUCGCUUAAAGGUGAAAACGCCAAGGUCACCAUACGUCGUUUGCAGCUGGCGUUCGUGCUGUCCCUGUUUUGUAUCUUAUUCCUGCUCAUACCAGCAGCAGCAUUCAUCGAAGUGGAAGAAAAUUGGGAGUAUUUUGAUUCGUUUUAUUUCUGCUUCAUAAGCCUCACUACCAUUGGACUAGGAGAUAUUACACCAGGAGCAUCAAGUAACCAAAUCAAACUCAAAGAGGGCAUUAAUGCGUCUUUAUUGAAGGCAAGUGCUAUUCAGGCUUCCGUUAUGAUCUACCUUCUAACCGGAUUGGCUGCUCUCUCCAUCAUCCUUGCGCUCGUUGGAUCAAUAAUAAAAUCAGCAGCAGAGAAGACACUUGAUAUUGGCGGCAAAGCUUUCAUAGAUGUUGGGGGUAUGGAGCUUAUCAGUGAAACAAAACGACUUGCAUCAAGCAUCAGAAAAAAGACUGUGACUACCCUGGGCCUAAGUAAUUCACAAUCAACGAUUAACGAAGAGCCGGGCAAAAACAUUACGAUGGUAAGCAGAAUAAGUGAACACGAACAUGAAGAUGCAUACGUCAUAACCGAGAAAGGAGAAAUAAUAGAAGCCGACAAGACAAGCGCAAACAACAAUGAUCUGAAAAACAGCAAGGAAGGCACAAGCAGUAUAGUUAUGGUUAAUGAAAACACAGCAGAUGCGGACACUGACAAGCAAAGCCUACUCGGCUCAAGGGUUACACUAAAGAACAGUGCAACAAAUAUACAGGACACUGACAAAAAAGUUCAUCAAUCUGAAGAAGUUGUCUUCAGCGAAGAUAAUGAAAUGCAAAAGAAGAUGCCAACAGCAGAGGGAUGA